UGAUCUUCAGAGGGGACAGACACCAUGCAGUAGUCCUGUAGCGGCACAAGGGAAAUGGUUUACUUCAGGGAUUUGAGUUGAACAAUGUUAAACUGACGAAUAAGAACAUGAGACGUCAUUCCCUUUCCUCUCGCCCCCCCCGUCCUGCCGGUCACCGCCACUGUGACAGCUGCUUCAGCCGGCGGUGCAAGGCCCCUGUGGAGAUCUCUGUGUCUUGUGUGCUCAUCCCCUGUCGCCUUUUGUGUGGAGCCCUGUUCCACCUGUGCAAAGAGGAGGAGCAUGCGCUGCUCUGCCCCAAUGAGAAGGUGCCAUGCCUUAACGCCGCCUUCGGCUGUCCAAUCAUCAUGCCCCGUUCCUGGCAGGCGGGCCACCUGCAGGUCUGUCCCGCCAGUGUGGUGUGCUGCUCAAUGGAAUGGAUCCGCUGGCCAGCCGAUGAAGCCUACGCAAACACACACCCCGACGUCCACGCACACACACACACCCUGCAUGAGAACCUGCUGAAGGAGCAGAAGGCAGGAGAACAGCUGGACCUGGCCAUGGCCCUGGAUGAUCAGAGACACCUGUACGCUCGUAUGAAGAUGAAGACUCUCUACCCAGAGAUGAUAGUGAAGGAGGAGGGAGAGGAAGAGGAGAAGAAAGAAGAGAAGAAAAAGAAGAAGACAGAAGACUGGGCUGCAGUGCGUCUAACUAAUGGGGCCUCCACCCUCCGUACGGCUGCUGAUGAUGGGUGUAGUGAAGAGAGGCCAUAUGAUAUCCUAUCUGGCAUUCCAGAAACAGCAGUGACAGACCUUUCAGACUUUUCUUUGGAGGAGGAGGAGGGAGAUGUGGCUGCGGAGGAACCAGGGGGAAACAUCAGCUCUGACAGAUACAACAGGUAUGAAAGGAUGUUCAAUAUGGAUAAAGGAGGCUGUAACCUGGACAUCAAAAAGAGCCGGGGUAGAGAAGGGAAGGAGUGGAACCAGUGGAUGGAGUUGGAGGAGCAGUCGUGCAGAGAGAAGAAGGAGAGAAGAGAUGCAGAGGCAGAAGGAGAAGGGUUGAUGGGAGCUCCGCAAGCUCCAGGAGCUUCAGGGAGACCAAGGGGGACCGAGGCCAAUGCUAACGCAACAGGGACUACAGGUAUGGCCCCAUGGCAGGACGGGGUCCUGCAGCGCAUGGCCAAGGAGGUCACCCCACAGGAAUUCAACAUGUACCUGGUGCACCACGGACGCAUGCUGCUCACCUUUGGCCAGAUGGAUGCCUGCACACCACGGGAGAAAGACUUUGUCUACGGAAACAUAGAGCCCAUCCCUGUUCAGACACUGUACUCCUUCAAGGUUCCUGUCAGCUACCGAGAGAAGCAGCGUAGUAUCCACUACUAUGACGCAUCCGCCCGUGCUGAGAGUACCUGGGUCUGUGUGGAUACGUCUGACCUGGGGGCAUUAAAGGAGUCCUGGUGGACGGACGAGGCUGAGAGCACACUACUGGGAUACGCAGAGAGAGAGGUCAUGGGGCAUCAGAUCAGUGAGCUGCGUGGACAGGAUGGGCUUUAUGUGGACAUGGGGAUGCAGACCCACUCCUUCAGGACGGCGCCGUUCAGACGAGACACGACGUUAGCAGACCUGACAAGGGACAAGCCUCUGAAGCUCCGCCUCCAGCUGCAGGCAGACAGCACCUCCAGCCGACACAACAAGGCUAGCUCCGCCUUCACCUUCCUCUGUGGACACUCCUUCCAACGGAGGGAAUUCCCCAAACACUUCAGGAACGUGCACACAGACAUUCAGACGUGUGCUAGUGGCUGGUUUGAGCAGAGGUGUCCCCUGGCCUACCUGGGCUGCACCUACAGCCAGAGAAGGUUAGAGCCUUUCAGACAACCUGCCACCGUCACCUACAACCAGGAACUGAGCAUCUUCAACCUCCGACCCACCGUCCCAGCCUCUCUAGGGGAGGGACCAGAGCCCCCCAAACCCUCCAAGUCCCAGUCUGCUCCAGAACCUGUCUCAACCCCCAGGAGGUGGCGGUCGAAGGGAGAAGGGGACUGCGAUUCUCUGAGUGCUUUGCCAUCCGAGGUGCUGUGCCACAUUGCCAGCUUCCUGGACAGUCUGUCCCUGUCCCAACUGGCCCUGGUGUCCCGCCUCAUGAGAGAGGUGUGUUCCUCUCUGCUGCAGGACAGGGGGAUGGUGUCCUUCCUCUGGGAAAAGAAGACCUACAAGUCCGGUGUGGCCAAAUGGAAGGCCAAAACUGUGUGGGAGUUCAGUCAUCUGUUCUCUACAGUGGAUUUGUGGCGUUUUAUAGACAACGUGCCGUCCAUGUCGGAGCACCUGAAGGUUUGUUCGUACUACCAGACCUGGGUACCACCCCAGCCGGUGGCCCUGCCCAGCAUGAGUCACCUACGGGGGGGAACACAGGAGCAGGACAACCAGCAGAGACAGAGCCUGGUUACUCAGUUCAUGGGCAACAGAUAGCAGGGGAAAAAUAUAAUUCUGAUCCUUCCUGACAGUCAGUGCUGGCUGGUGGCACUUCAAAUCUGAGGAUGGGCUGACAGUAAUGGCUGGGAUGGAAUAAAUGGAAUGGUUUCCAUGUGUUUCAUACAAUUCCAUCAACUCCAUUCCAGCCAUUAUUAUGAUCCAGCCUCCCCUCACCCGCCUCCUCUGCUGACAGUCCAACCUUGAAGCAUGAAUAGAAGAAAUAGAACAAAUAUGUGCCAGACAUUUUCAGCUACAGAGAAUUCAGUUAAAAAGUGUGUGUUUAUUACUAAAACCUUAAGGUUACUUAUUAAAUUAACAGUUGGAUUUACCAGAAUCUCUACGCAGCUCAAAUAACCAAUCACACACAGGAGACGGACAGGUUGAGUGACGAAUGAGGGAUUGUCUCCCCUCAUACCAAAGAGCCAUUUGCCUGCCCUCUGAUCAUUCUCGAACAUGCCGGAUUUCCUCACACUCUUGCAAGUAGGGGAAUGUGGUGAGAUAUCUCACUCAUAACAUCAGAGAACCGGGGUAAUGCAAGUAACCUUAAGGUAUUUUUCAAUUAUUAGUUUCAAUAUCUCACAGUGGGAUAUGGCCAACUCCCGUAUCACAUACAGUGGGGAAAAAAAGUAUUUAGUCAGCCACAAAUUGUGCAAGUUCUCCCACUUAAAAAG